GUGAAGCGUGUCGCGUAACGCAUGAGUGAGAGAGAGGGUGUGUUCGUUCCAUUCGGUCCAGUUCGCAAAACGGUGGCCCGUUUUAUUUAUUAUUUCCCUGUCGAUCAACAGUUCGGUGAUUUGAAGUUGAUCGUCGAUCAGCAAUAAACCGUGGAAGCGUCGAGGACAUGCAUUGAAUUCGUUCGACAAGGAGCGUUGGAGGUUAGGCAAGAUUAUUAGGUUGCGCUCUGUAUGCGAGAACUACGUCACGAGGAAAAAGAGAGACCUCCCCUUCCUCCGUUUUCGAACGAAAACUGGGACAAAGUGCACUGCACUCGCUGCCGUCCGCGUUCUCCGUCUCUAUUUAAAUCGUACUCGUCCGUCCUCCUCUGCUGGCAGAUUGGCCAACAGUCCGCGGCUCAAUGGAGACUGACAGGUAGCUGAUGAUGAAUGUGCGUUAAAAAGGAGAGCCGGUGUUGGACGCUGGGCCAAAUAACAUGUCAGAUGGAGUUGACGCCGGCGGCGGGGAAAAUGAGGUAGACUCCCACUCGUGUUCGCACCGGGAUGCGUCGAGGGACAACGACGAUAACUGUUUGGAUGGUGAUAACGAGGCUGCCUUGAAUACUAAUUAUGACAGCGGCGAUGGGGCUGUUCCUGCCUUCAGGUGCGAGCGUUGUGAGAACUACGAGACGAUAAACAAGACGGCGUUUUGCGCUCAUCAGGAACAAUGCUUAGCGAAUUCCGUGGAGCACACAGAAGGCAACGUGAUAAUCACGUCCGAAGGUAACCAGGAAACGGAAAAUGACGCCGACGGCGAGGACAAUCACACCGGGAUACGCUCAUCCCAUCGCAAGAUAUUCGAAUGCGACGUCUGUAACAUGCAGUUCUCGAACGGAGCCAACAUGAGGCGGCACAAGAUGAGGCACACCGGCGUCAAGCCGUACGAAUGCCGGGUUUGCCAGAAGCGUUUCUUCCGCAAGGAUCAUCUCGCGGAGCAUUUCACCACGCACUCAAAGACCCUGCCGUACCACUGCCCGAUCUGCAACCGAGGUUUUCAACGACAGAUCGCGAUGAGGGCGCACUUUCAAAACGAACACGUGGGCCAACACGACAUGGUCAAGUCUUGCCCGUUGUGCAAUUACAGGGCUGCGACGAUGAAGUGCCUCAGGCUACACUUUUUCAACAGGCACGGUAUCGAUUUAGACAACCCCGGCCCGAACACCUCGGCCUCUCUGCUGAAUAGCUGCACGUCCGUGGAAGCCAUGCCUUCAUCUGCACCUCUGUCAGAUAGUGGAGAUAGCACGGGCGGUGGUAAUCGUUCCGCGGACAACGCGACGCCACCGAUGCAUUUCUUAACGCCUCAUAUCGAGAUCUCAAUACCUUAUCCGGAACAAACGAGCGGCGGCGCCGGUGGCCAGAGGAGCUCCAGUCCUACUCCUCUAAACGGGGACAGUCCGAACAGUCCCCAGAGCGCUGACAGUAAUAGUAAUAACGCUCCUAGCAGCAGUCACCAUCAGCUGACUGUGAACAGCAGCAGUGUGCACAGGAGCCUCGGGGGUAGCGAGGAGGCGAUUACCCCUUCGAUAUCGUUGAUACCAAUAAAACAAGAGCCGAACAGUAAUGGAACUGAAGAGAACGGCGCGACUUCUAGCAAUCUCCCUUUGCCAUCAUUGAUCAAAGUGUCGCCGCUGAAAUCGCUGCUCAGAGACGAUCUAAGGCGGAAGCUCUCCUCCGGCUCUGGGAACAAUAACAACAAUAACAACAACAAUAAUAAUGGUAACAGUGGUUCGAAUUCGAGUGUCCACUCGAGAGGCGAGCCGCCGAGUUCGACCAGACCGGACCAAAGGACCAUCAUCGGUCUCCAAUGCGCCCACUGCAGGAUCACCUUCCCCGAUCAAACUCUCUACUUCCUUCACAAGGGAUGCCACAGCGAGAGUAAUCCGUGGAAGUGCAACAUCUGUGGCGAGCAGUGCUGUAACCUCUACCAGUUCAACUCGCAUUUACUGAGCAAGAGCCAUCAGUAAGAAUUUCCGAAGAUAAUUUAUACAUAAAACACCGUGCCUUCGUUAAAUGAUCGCCGCUCAUUAAUUAAUUCGUCCUGAAUAUCGUGCCCUGAAAUCAAUCAAUCAAUUAAUUAAUGGAGUAUUUAAUUAAUUAGUGGCACGAACGAGAUCCGUCCAAUGGGGGCUUUAUUAUUAAAUAAUAAUAGUAAUAAUAAUAAUAA